UAAAAGUGUUCAAUAGUUUCAGGAAACAGAAGGAAAAUGACAAAAUAAUGUAAAAUAGGCAACAAAUAUUUUUCAGAGAAAAAAAAGGAAAUGGAAGGAUUUAGAAGGUGUACCACCAUCCUCUUGACUCUGGCUAUACUUGCUGCUGUUAUAGAAAGCGAGACCGAGAUUGUCCGAAGAGGAAAGGAGUUGUCAAAAAUUGUUCCUUACAAUGGCAGCUUUUACAUAGCUGAUGGAAAUGAAGUAUACAAGUUGAAUUCCAGAUUUGAUGAAGUGGAACGAGCAAACCUAAGUGAACAUGGAUCAAAUGACAAUACAGUAACAUUGAUAUUGGUUGAUGAUAAGAACAAUAGUUUGAUAGUGUGUGGACCUUUUGGGGUUGUAUGUAAAUGUAUCCACCUUGAUAGUUUGGAGGAACAAUUUACAUCUGAUGAUAUAGUGGUUCAACAAAAUGCUUCACAUUUGCAGGGAAUCAUAAUUCAAAAAGAAGAAAAGUCUCUUUUGAAUUUGGCAGUUUCUUUGAAACAUCCAGAGGAAAGUCUCAAAAUGAUUGAACAAUUUGUGAUUGAAAACCAUUUCCAAAAGGCCAAAAAUCGUUAUGUUCAAUUAAAACGGCCAGUACAAAUAGAUUAUAGAGCAGUGUUUCAGUUUGGUCAUCACAUUUUCUUUUUUACAAACCAACAGCAAACAAUUAACGACGAAGUAUAUAUAUCCAAAAUAUCAAGAGUUUGCAAAGACGGGUUUUUCACGUUUGUUGAUUUGCAACUGCGAUGCAAUGGAUAUGAAUCAUACAAUUUAGUUCAAGAUGCUAUAUUGAUCAAUCAAAAAACACUAUUUGUUACUUUUGUCGAAGGACAAAAAACAGAAGAAAUACAAAGCGAUCAUGGAAUACUGUGUUUAGCUGAUUUUGAAGUUAUAAACAAAACCAUGACGAAAGAGCAAAAAAGAGUCAUUGAUUGCGAAAACUGGGACGAGAAUACAUAUUUAAAAAACGAAUGCCUCCCGAAUGCGUCAGCUAAUCUUGCUCAUAUAGAAUGUGAUCAAGGUAAACGUUACUACUCAAGUGGUAAGGAGCCAAUUAAGCUUGACUUUUUUGAUAAGACGAGUGCGAAGGAAGGAUAUAUUACGACACUUUCAAAGACACAAUUGGAACGUUAUGAUGUCAUUUUAGCAGGAACAGCAAAUGGAUUUGUUUUGAAAUUCGUGCUCUAUGGGCAUAACAACCAGGACCACGACAAGUUUACAUCCAUUCAAAUGCAAAAAGACGUUCCGACAGCAGUGAAAAGCGUUGUUCAGAUUGAGAAGGACUUGACCUUUGCUUCAACUUCUUUAAAGGUAUACAAGAUUUCAAGUACAAAUUGCUCUGAGUUCAGGUCGUGUGAACAAACAAUGAAAGGAAAAAAUCCUCUUUGUGGAUGGUGUGUUUAUUUUCAAAGUGCAACCAGGAGAUAUGAUUGUACAUACCAAAACAAAAUGAACAAUUGGUUGUCAGCCCUGUCUAAAUGCCCAAUACUACGAUUGGAACCCACAGGGAUUCCAGUUGGCAUAAGCCGAAGUGUGACGUUAUCCGUUGAACAUAUUAGAUUGGGGAAUGAUGCAUUAUUCUGCCAAGUUGGAGGUGAUAAAGUAUCUCCAGUUGAAAGACAAGGUCAAACGAUGAAGUGUCCAAUUGUAGGCAAAACAGAGCAUACAGAGGUCUCAAUACUACUAAUAGUUAAGCACAAUUCAAUGGACAUUCCAAUAGCGAACGCAAGUUUUCUGUUUUACAAUUGCUCAACCUUUAAAAGGUGUGGCAAUUGUGUGGGAACCGCUGGUGCUAGCUGUACGUGGAAGCCAUACGAUGGAACAUGUGCUUCGCAGACAGAUGAUGGGGUUAAUAACGUCGCAAAUUGUCCGCGCCUUGAAAGCAUAGCAUCCUCAAGAUAUAUUCCAAGUGGCGUUAAUACAGAUUUGGAAUUGAAACUUGAAAAUGUUAAAAGGAUUAGAGGAGAAUCAAAUAUUUCUGAUGAUAUAACCUUUCAUGUGGACUUCCAGUCAAGAUGUUCAUACAGUGAAACAGGGUUACUAAAUUGUCCAAUUAAUCGGAUGACAAACAGUAAAACGGACAACUUUAGUAUUCAAGUAUUUUAUACAGUGAAUUCUAAAAUGUCCAAAGUGUAUCUUGACAAUCCAAACACAACUGAUGUUAUUGUGUACAAUUGCUCCGUGCUUUCUCAAGGAAAAUGCAACUAUUGUAAUGCACUGAAAUCCGACUACGAAUGUCAUUGGCCUUCAACAGAAAAGGGCUGUGUGUACGGUCAAAAAGUGAAUCUUGGGUAUACAUGCCCUCCGCCAGAAAUAACUAGGAUUUUGCCAAGAGAUGGCUAUUACGGAUCCGGAACAGUUAUCACAGUGGAAGGAAAUGAGUUUGGAACAGAAAAGGAUAUUAUUUUAUAUGCCCCAAACCCUGGAACUCCAGUUGUUGUUAAGAAAAGAUGUGUAAAGGAUACUUUUCAAAGCAACAACGUCAGAGGUAUUGGGGACCCUGACGACUUCAAAAUACGAAUUCGUGAAAGCUUUCAGUGUAAACUUGGAGAUUUUAGCAAGGACAAUAUAAAUGAAACUAGAUUCUUUAUAGUUAACGAAACAAUCCAGUCAGAAACUGCUCCAAAUCUUGUGUUGCCCACAUGGACGAACGUUGUGGCUGUGCACUCAAUAUAACCUAAGAAAGGUCCAGCUAACGGUGGAACAGUUAUUUCACUGACUGGAAAAAACCUGGGUAUUGGUAAUCGAAAGUUUGAGAGUGUGCUGUUCUUGUUUGAUGGGA